AUGUCAAGCUGUCAAGAUAGGAUUAAAAUCCCAGGGGAUUCGGAAGUAAGACAAGAACCGCUACAUUAUAUAAAAAUCUUCUAUGAAACCUUAUACAAAACAGAGACCCCUGAUAACAAUGCAAUUUCGGACAUUACCAAAGACCUGCCUCACAUUCAACAAGAAGAGAACACAAAUCUAGAGAAAGAGAUUAGGAUACAACCACUCUCAAAAAUCGAAGAAGUCUUCACACCUACGACCAACAUAGAAAGAAGAGAUAUGGAGGCCAUAAUAUGGAUGAAUACAAUCAUUAUAUAUGAGCUUUGGUGUAUAUACACCUCCUAUAAAUGGGGAAAAGAAACACUGUCGAAUGAAGCGGCUACUGCGAGGGCAACGUCACGGAUAAAAAAGGAAGUCUCCGACCUACAAAGUCAUUUGGGAAAAAGCUCUAAGAGAAGAGCAAAAAGGUUUAAAUGCAUAAAAUGUUAG